CCUAGAGUGGGAUUGAACCCACAACCUUUUGAGUUUAUUUUUCAACGCAUGCACAGACUUUAAUUUGCUUGGAAAGACGUUUGCGUCUGUUUUUGUUUUCUCUUUCACUUUAAUAAUUAUGGGAAAAAUCCAUUUUGAUUAUUCUGGUUAAAAUACAUAACGGAUAAUUCUGUGUGGCUGGUGAUGGCAGAGAAAACGCUGAUACAUUCGAACACCAGAGUGCUAAAUUGACAUGUUCGAAUUUAUGUCAGCAGCUAAGUAAAAGCAACAAUCUUGCCCGGUGGUUCUAUUGGGAACAGGCUUCAGGGUUGAGUGACAGCGCUCCGAGAGAAGCCUAGCACCGCAACAGCGGUAGUUAAGGUAAACAGAGCAGAAGGCACACGGUCACUCGGCGACGACAACGCCUCAAAGCAACAACAGGAAGUGAUGUUUGAUUUGGAACACAGAGAACAGCCAGCAGCGACUAAUUUGCACAAUUUUAGUAAGUUCAAACACAAGUGAUUGAAAGUGAUGAAAGCCCAUAAGAAGAAUUCACCUUUUGUGCUUGAUGUACAGACUCUCCUUUCUUCAUCAAAAUGGCUUCAGCUUCAUGGACUCAAGAGAAACCGGCUGGCCCUGGCUCAGAUCUUGUCACAGAUUGGGUUUAAACAUAGAGAAGAAUUUGACUGUCGACUGCGGAAGCCUGUGUCGUCAUGUUACGGUGAAGGCUUGUUUCAUCAAUACAUGAGAAAGGAUGGAAGGAUUUACAAUCUAACAGCCAGUAAAGAGCAGCUUCAGCAGUUUGCUGUUGCUCUGACAAGGGCAAUACGAUUCUUCCAACGCCGGCUGGAGUGGCUGACAAGUGGGAGCAGGCAGCUCUUUGGUGUAAUACAGGAACAUUGCAUCGUCAUCGUCCUAGACUUUGCUUCUGUGUCACAGAGUCUGUUUCACCUUUCUCUUGAAGCUUUCUGCAUGGUUCUCCGGGAGCAGGUGGCACUGAUCGAGAAAGUUAAUCUUAUCAGGGCAGCUGAAGAAAUGGUUAUAUGGCAGGACAAAGCUAUUCCUGUUACUGCACAGACCAUAGACUCAGCAAUUGAAUGGAUAAGGAAUCUUCACCAUAUGCCAACUACUAGCAAGACAAGUUCAGUGGAGGCUGUGUUACAAGCAACGAGUGAUAAUACUAUUGAGGCAGUUUACUUUUUCACUGUUGGUGAUGGUCCUGAGGCGAUGAGGGAGCUUUUGCGUUGGAAGUUGGCAAAGAGCCCAUGCCCAGUCCACACAGUAUCGUUUAACGCUAAGGAAGAAGCAACAAUUCGGUUUCUGAAAGAAUUGGCUCAUUUUACUGCAGGAAGAUUUCAUGCAUUUGCUCUAAUGGGUGAAUGUGAAGAGGAUGAAACACUUUCCCCCAGUGGUUUGAAGGACACAGAUACUGAGGUUCCAAAGAUUCAGAGGAAACUGAUUGGAGGUGUGCCACCAGGGGCUGGAGUCAGAGAAGAUGUGUUCCUUAUCUGGAAUGAGGUGGAGGAGGCCAGGAGCACGUUGGCAGAAGUUCACACCCUUUUAAUGGAUGCCCCUCAGUCUGUGUUUAAUGCAGUAACUAUUCAUCAGCCAGUGACACAGUCAAACUCGGAGGACUAUAUAACUUCAAAGAAAUGGCUUGAAAGGUAUGGAUUGAAAGUUCGUAGAUUAUCUUGCUAUGAUGCCCUUGCGGAUUGUGCUUUUCGCCAUUCUGAUGGUGUGGUGGAUAUCAAAGGGAAGCCUCUGAAUGAAUGCAUGCAAACCGAUGCGGAAACUAGAAUUAAACUGGUGAAUGCCAAGUACUGUGGCCGCUUUGCACAUACUCAAUGGAAAGACGGCUCUGUAAUGCAUGUUUACAUAACUGCAGAGAAGUGCAAACAGUACCAGAGGAGAAUGAAAACUGCACUGGACCAGAUACAAAGGAGAAUUGACUGGCUUCAGCAGGGGAGUAGGGAACUGUUUGGGACCAUAACUGAGGAUCAGAUCUACGUCCUAGUUGACACCUCUCAAUCCAUGAAAGAUAAACUGGAGUUGGUGCAAAGAAAGAUCUUUCAACUCAUGCAGGAGCAGCUUCAACACAAGGCCAAAUUCAAUUUCGUGAAGUUUGAUUCCAGAGCUGAGCCCUGGCAGGAGAAGCUGGCAGAAGUAAAUGAAAGCAAUCUGGAAAAGGCAUGGUCUUGGGUUAAGGAACUUCAGGUUGGGGGUUCCACAAAUACCCUGGGAGCUAUACGACUUGCUCUUGCUGAUGCGGGCACUCAAGCUGUCUACCUCCUUACGGAUGGAAGGCCUGACCAGCCUCCAGAAACCAUUUUCACACAGGUGCAGCUCAUCCGCCUUGUCCCCAUUCACUCCAUUGCGUUUAACUGUGAUGAUGUUGAAGCCAAUGAGUUUCUCUAUGAGCUUUGUGAGAAGACAGGCGGACGGUUCCAUUCCUAUAACAGUGACACAACAGCGGCCUCUAAGCCUCUGCCUUUUGAGAGUGAAGAUAUCUGCCUUUUGAAGAAAGAAAUUGAGCAGGGAAGAAAGGAUUUGGAGAGGGUAGAAAAGCUCUAUGCAGAAUGUGUAAUGCUGGACUGGUACCAUAACAGUGACGAAACCGGUGCAAAGAGCAAUGUUGAUGCUGACGAUCUAGUCAGGCGCCCAGCUUGGAAUGACAAUACAGCUCAGGUACAUUCUUUAGAUACCAAGGCACUUGUGAGACCCAAAUCAGCUGUGGAUUGGAUACCUGCCACACACAGAAACCACAGGGACAGAUACCAUAUUUACAGCGGGGAUAUUGUCAAGAAAUCAAAGGAACUACAAAGGAAGAAAGCCCUACGUGCCGCUCACACAAGGGCGAGCUUACUUCGAAGUUUGAGCAAUGGUGUUAGGAUCGAUGAGAACCUGGUGGAUGAAUGGAUGCUUCCAGAAAACAAGAAGCUGUUCGUAAAUAACUAUAACAAGGAACUGAAAGUUCUGAAUGGCCUCAGUUCGCCAGAAAACAAACCUUUGCCAAAAAAGGCAAGAGGACCAGCUAAAAGCUCUCUGGAUAUUUCUUCAGCUCACUGGCUCAAGACAAAUAGUUUGAUUGCAAAGAAACUCACCAUAAUGGAUGCACUUGCGCCGACUGCUGUUGCUCAAACUGCAAAGUAUGUCCCAAUCUUAGACAAACAUAUUGUAUCCAGAGUGUUUGAUGAGGUUUUACCAUUAGCUCAUGUGAGCAACAGCAAGAAGCAGAUUACAUUGAUUAAUCCAUUGGGUGUGAACCUGGAAAACUACAAACAAAGGCUCUUCCAAGCUAUCCAGUCCUGUGAAAAGCGUUUGAAUUUAGUUGUAUGGAGAGCAUUAUCUCAAGAGGAGCGUGAUAAGUUCAGCAGUGAUAAACCAAUCUCAUUUGGAGACCAUAAGGAGGCCUUCCUGGAGGCAUUGGGCAGAAUGGGUUGGCCUAUUUCUCAGGAGGAUAUUACACUAUUAGAGGAGGAAAUUCAGACUGGUUAUUCAUAUGAACAACAGGCUUCAGACCUCCAGAAAGCUGCUAAAGAAAAGGAGCUGGGGUUCAUGAAUCAUGUUCCCAGGAACCAUAAUCCCAGUGUACAAAAAGCCACAAAGCAGGCGAGAAGAACAUUGGACACCCUGAGAGGUCAGAGGGUAAUCGCAAGGUCAGAGGUUGAUGGUUUUUAUUACCCAGGAAUUGUGACUAAGUGUGUUGGUGUCAGGAGAGCCAUAAUUGAUUUCACUAAAGGAGACACUCAGAUUACACCAACGAGAUUUUUAAUACAGGUUGGAGGAGCUGCACCUUGCCCCCCAUUGAAAGUGGGAGACUUUAUUUUGGUUCGUAGUGAUGCAGAGGCUGAAAAUGAUUGUUACCUACCCGGUGUGGUCAUAGCAACUCCGAACAUAGCAAUGCCAGCUGAUAAAUUUUAUACAGUUUUAAAAUACAAUAAUAGAAAGGAACAUUCAUUCCGUAGCGAACUGAUUAAAAUCAGCAAGACACAGUAUACCUUCAUCGUUCAUUACAUAAGAGAGGCUCAGAUGAUAGAUAAGACAAUACCCAACAGGCAAUUUGUAAAGCCCAUCUCUAAACCAGUUUUGCAACAGGAAGUUGACACUUCAUCUUCAGAGGAAGAAAGACACAGGGAAAAGCAAAGGAAAAGUGAAAAGCACAAGUGGCAUGAUAGUACACAAAGAAAUUCUUCAGAUGCUGAUGAUGAUGAAUGGCGAUUGGCCUCUGGAUCAAAGCUUGGACUAAAAGAAACAAGUUUCUCAAAUCACAAAUCUACCUCUGACUAUAAAACAACAAACGGUUACCUUACCCUUUCCUCCUCUCCUUCAUGCUCCCCUAUUCCAACCACCUCUGCCUCACAGCCACGCUUCUUAACACAGUCCAGGGAUCUGAUGUCCUCAAGUCUCUCCACAUCACUAAUGCCAAGUCAUUGCCCUCAGUUACUGUCUACUCCAUCAACGGAUGGGGCAUCUCCAGAUCAGACUCGUGCACCUAUUGAAAUCAGUGGGAAACUGGAGGAACUAAGAAACCAACUGCUGCAGGCGCUUACAGAACAAAGGAAACAGCAGGAGGCAGUCAAGGAAUACCUGAAAGAAUUAGUGAAUUUGAAGGAGAACCAGAUUAAUUCAAAGAUAUUGCAAGAACAAAAGGAAUUAGCCAGAUAUGGGAAACCUGGCUGUUAUUUUCUGUGGGCAAAGUUAAGAAAGAUUAUUUUUACUGAACUCCAGAUUGGUCCAAUAGAAUCUCAGAUCUUCAAUAUCUUUUCCUUCUUCAUUACAGCAGUGAAUGAUAUGUCAAUGAAAAUCUUCAUGGGAGUUGAAGAUCCUUCAACUUCACAGGUCUUGCCCCAGUGUGCUUCAAGGGAGCAGAAGAUUCUUGACAGAGUCCUAAUUUCUUCUCUUCUAGCUCAAGAGAGUUCAAGUGUUGAUGUUCUUCAGCAUUCUACCUUGAAUCAGUCGUUUACUGAUAAAUCCUUAGAGUUCAGCAGUCCUGAAGUCUACACUCCAAUUACCAGCAAUACUGGGAAGUUGCUAUCGUAUUUCACUGGUGAUGGAGUCCUUCAAGAGAAAGAGGAACGGCCAUGUUGUGGAGUAUCUAAAGGCACUCUAUACAAGUCAGCUGUAAAGCAAAUCAAGCAGCAGCUUAUUGAUCAAUGCAUUUAUUCUCCACCUCAGUUAUUUCAAAUGGCAAAAUAUGCCUUGUUCCUAAAUCUUUUUGCAAAUCAGAUGGCCACUUGUAAAAUUUCAUACAGGGAGUGGAAGCUUUCCAAAUUACAUCAGAAGAUUAACAGCAAGAAGCUGCUACUCUUGGACCCCUGGCAACAUGUUUCUGCAACUUAUGGAGAAGGUUCUCUGCUGGCCUGCAACUCCUCCCGGGUCAAACCUGGAAGUGUGCGUGAUCACGUCACGUUUCUGAUCCAAUGCUACUUUUCGGGGGUUGAACUGAGCCUGCUGUUGCUUGGUAUGAAAUGUGUAGCAGUACCACUGGGUUCUGCAACAGGCUUCCUGAGAAGUGACCUGAGACCAAAGGGUGUCUCCUCCUGCAUGGAACCACAGACGACAGCUCAGUCGAAUUUGACCGCGGUUGACGAGAAGAAAGCAGGAGCUGCCAAGAAAGUCAUCAAAAAGACACCACCCGAGAGCGGCAAGAAGGCCAUGAGCAUCAUGAACUCGUUCGUCAAUGACAUUUUCAAGCGCAUCGCGGGCGAGGCUUCCCCGCCUGGCCCACUACAACAAGCGGCAGGCCAUCAGCUCCCAGGAGAUCCAGGCCGCCGUGCGCCUGCUACUGCCCGGGGAACUGGCCAAAUACGCCGUGUCCGAGGCCACAAAGGCGGCAAAGCAAGUGGGAUUUCGAUACCUGAAGAUGCAAAUUCUGCAAGACUACUGCUACUUAAGUUGAUCCGUGGACAAGACGUACUUGCUCAAUGGUCACAUGUAGGGUGGUAUGAUAUGGGAGCUGUUUUCUGUGACUGUGGGGACCACAGUUACUUCAUACAGAACAAUGGAGGAGAUGUAGAAAGAAUCUGGCGAGAAGAUAUGUUCACACAUAUCGAUGAUUCUGAAAAUAUAAUAAAGAAAGAUGACCCUGUAAUCGGCCUGCAUUCAUUGCAAAAUCUUGGUUACUGCCCUGGAAUAGUUCUUAAAGUCCAGCCUGACUUCAAGGCUGAGAUCUGUUAUUAUGAUGGAAUGGAAGCUUUGGUUCCCAGGGAAGAUAUGUAUUUACUCUGCCCUCAAAAAUACAAACAGGAUGUGGCAUACAUCAUAGAAUGUGAAGAACAUUGGCUUGGACAACCAGUAGUUGCAAGAGAUGAUGAAACUGGAACCUACCAGCUUGUCCUUGAGCUUAUUGGUGAUGGGAAAAACUAUCUAAUUCAUUGGACAAAUGGUUUCCAAAGUGCUUCCUUUUUAUUCGGACAAUUUAGUCCCCAAAAAGUCCUUACUGUGGUUGACUGUGUCCUCGCAGUGGCUGAUUCAUCCUCAACAACGUACCUCCCUGGGGUUAUCUGUGACUACAAUGGCACAAAGCUGGUUGUCCAUUUUUGCAAUGGAAAAAGUGGGUUGGGCAUGCUCCUGAAUGCUGACCUGAAAGUUCUGCCCAAGAAGUUUGAACAGACACAGGAGUAUCAGAAUGCAUUUGGCAGUUUAAAAACUGUAUUGACUACGACCAGUUCUGCCAUUACAGAGGAGACCUUCAGCAAGAUGGAUGCUGGAUUUAUUGCUGCCGGCAUCAUUGGCACACAGGCCGGAGAGAAGGGGGUACUCCAAUACAUAAACAAGAAGGGCUUCCACUCCAUCACUGUCCAGCUGGUCUGCGCCCGUAAGAAACAAAUCCAGCAGGUACACGCAAGAUACCCAGGAAGCAGCCAUGACUCCUACAUCUUGAGUAUGUCGCAGAUGCCGGACAUAUUCAAGGGACCAGACAGGAUCUAA